UUUAAAUCAGAUAAUAUCUUUAAAAUGGCACAAAACUUCAAGAUCAAGAGGAGAUGCGCGAAAUUAGUGAAAAAGAAGAACCCCGUUAGUUCCCCAGCUAUUGCUAAGGUGACUAUUGAUCUUGAUGAGUCUGUUGGUGGUACCCCCAAGAAAGCCCCUGAUCUGUCUUUCUCUUCAACUCCGAUUAUUUUAUCAUCCAGCCCAGGCCCAUCUUCUAACCUGACAUCUGAGAUUCGCGAUUUGUACGGCAUAAAUGAUUUAUCUCCAUUGUAUUAUUCAGACACAGUAGAAGGAUACAGAAGUGAAAUCAGGUAUCUUCGGUUGAAACUUGCUAAGCUUCGUCAAACCGAUCAACUUGCAGAGGCCGAAUCUCAAAACUCAGAGCUUGUAGAACAAAUUCAGACUCUGAAAAAUCAAAAUGUUAAUCUGAAGCAACAACUUGACCAAGCCCAUAAUCAGAAUAAUGUACUAAUCAGAGACUCCGAAACCUUCCUAGGCCAGCUAAGAGCAGAGCUUGGGGGAACUGACCUCAGCCUGGGCCAGAUCCUAGGGAAAGUCAAGCAACUGGUCCAACUUUUUGAAGAUGUUCAAUUAAAGAAAGAGAUUUGACAAGAAAAACUAAGUCUCAGGAACUCAAGGGUCAUUGACCUAGAACAAAGUGAUGAAAGUGUUAAAUUGUACUCUGAUUCUGAACAACUGAGUGAUAAAUACCGGAAUGCUAGCAUGUUGGAGUGAGGGUGACAGACAUUACCUGUUUUGUGGCCCUCGAAGCACACUCAGACUACAGGAAUCCCUGAGUAUGAGGUGUCUAGUCCGUUGGUGGAGUCUCCAAGUUCGUAUAAGUCUUUGAGUUCUUUAAGUAUUCCUGUGAUGAAGAAAUCUUCUUCCUCAUCUAAGGAACCCUCUUGUUCUGUUAAUGAACUAGUGGUUGACUCUAACUGUCAAGUGGAAGUGGUGCCCUUUAAAGUUCGAAGAAGUAGCAGGAUAAGACAGCGAACUUUUAAUCCUUCAGAUCUCUAUCUUACAAACCGAGGUAUGUACUAG